UUUUUGUUAUUUUUUUCUCUUACUAACAAUACUUUAUAUUAUAAGCCUAUAAGCUUAGUCUACAAUAAAUAUAUAUAGUAUGUUUGUUGUAUUGGACUUAUUACAUAAAUUUAAAGAAAUAAAUACCAAUUUAAAAAAUAAAAUAAAAGGACAUCCCUAAUGUCGUAUACUCGUAUUAUAGAUUCAUAGGCCAGUAUUAAAAAAAAAAAAAAAAAAAAAAAGGUGAAAUAACCCCUACAAUGUUGGCCUUAGUAUCCUCCACCGCCAAAUCUUCCCAUAUCUUCAAUUUCAACAGCACUAGCCCCAAAAAUUUAUAGAAAAUUUAUAGAAAGUGAAAUAACCUCUAUCUUAGCACGUACUUCUCAAGUUCCCUGCUCAGCCACGAGUCACCGAGUCACCGAGACGGAGCUCUUCUCGGCGGCAAGUCGGCGACCUGAUAGAGUGACGGUGUUUAGGGGGUGCUCACUGUUCAGUGCUCUCGGGUUCCAACUCCUCCAAGGCUCCAAUUAAGGAGAUCAUGGUGUCAAAGAAUCGCGAGUGGAUGCAAUACAAAAAAAGUGACCCUAGGUACAAGAUUGGUGUAAAAGAGUUUCUAGAAUUUGCUUUUUCACAAAAGAAUGCCAAAGCUGUAGUGCCUUGCCCAUGUGUUAAAUGCAACAAUGAAAGAAGAAAAUGUAGAGACGAAAUAGAGUUAGAUUUGCUUAAAUUUGGGAUUGUUAAGAGUUAUACACGUUGGUUGCGACAUGGAGAACGGGUUGAUGAUUCAACAAUUCUUGAUAAUAUUAUAGAUGAGUCAAAUGAAUACCAAUUGCAUGAGCAUGAUGUCAUGUCUGAUAUGCUACAUGAUGCCUUUGGAGUACAAUCUGACAAUGUCGUGGGGGACGAGACAAUUGGUGUGAGUGAAAGCAAAGAUCCUCCGGAAGCAACAAAAAAACUUUUACAAACUAAUGGGUGAUCUUGAGUUAGAGUUGUAUCCUGGCUGUAAGCAAUUCUCAAAACUGUCUUCCUUGCUUAAGUUAUUCCACAUAAAAUGCUUAGGUGGAAUAAGUGAUAAAAGCUUGUCUAUGAUUCUUGAUCUAUUUAAAGAAGCAUUGCCUGAAGGUAACACUCUGCCAAAAUCUUUUUAUGAUGCUCAAAAGAUGAUAAAGAGCCUUUCCCUUGAGUCUAUCAAAAUUGAUGCUUGUCCUAAUAAUUGUAUGCUACUCUGGAAGGAUCAUGCUAAUGCUGAUGAAUGUGUAAAGUGUCAUGCUUCUAGAUGGAAAAUUGAUGAACGUAAUAAUGAAUCUUCAACGUCACAAUGUAAGCCUAGAAGGACUCCUAGAAAGACAAUGCGUUAUUUUCCUUUGAUUCCCAGGCUUCAAAGAAUGUAUAUGUCAUCUAAAACUGCAGCAAGUAUGAGAUGGCAUAGUGAUGAGUGUGUUGAUGAUCCUGAUGGUAUAAUGAGGCAUCCAGCGGACUCUAAAGCGUGGAAAUUUUUUGAUGAAAAAUAUCCUUCAUUUGCCUCCGAACCUCGAAAUGUUCGCCUUGGGUUAGCAAGUGACGGGUUUAGUCCCUUUAGAAAUGGUCAUAUUGCUCAUAGUACAUGGCCGGUAGUUCUUAUACCAUAUAAUUUACCUCCAUGGCUUUGUAUGAAGCAACAUUCUUUCAUUCUUUCAAUGCUUAUACCAGGUCCUAAGGGGCCGAAAGAUAAGAUUGAUGUUUAUUUGCAACCUUUAAUAGAGGAGCUAAAAUUACUUUGGGAAGUUGGUGUUGUAACACAUGAUGCUUCAAAGAAAGAGAACUUUAAAAUGCAUGCAUCUUUGUUAUGGACUAGAAGUGAUUAUCCUGCGUAUGGUGAUUUAUCAGGUUGGAAAACGGGAGAAGUUGUUGGUUGUCCGUCUUGUAAUAGCGAUACUAGUUCUGAGUGGUUACCAAAUGGAAAUAAACAGUGUUAUAUGUGUCACCGUAGAUUCUUACCUUUAGAUCAUAAAUGGAGAUAUGAUGGAAGAACCUUUGAUGGGAAACAAGAGCUGAGACCUGCACCUAGACCAUUAUCCGAUGAGGAAGUGUUACAGCAAAUUGAUGCUGAACAAGCUGAAUGUAAUAAGAAAAAGAGAAAGCGUGAUAAGAAAAAGACAAAACAAAAGAAAUUAUGGCGAAAGAAGAGCAUUUUUUUUAAUUGCCAUAUUGGAGUAGUCUUUUGAUACGUUAUAAUUUGGAUGUAAUGCAUAUAGAAAAAAAUGUGUGUGAAACUGUACUUAGUACACUAUUGGAUAUUGAAGGAAAAACUAAGGACAAUUUGAGCGCACGUCUUGAUCUAGUUGAAAUGAAAAUUAGAAAGUCAUUGCACCCUAUAACAUAUCCUGAUAAAUCAAAAGAGCUACCUCCAGCUCCUCAUACAUUAUCUUUGGAACAAAAGAGAGAUUUGUGUAAUUUUUUGACUAAUGUGAAGUUUCCAGAUGGCUAUGCUUCAAAUAUUUCAAAAAAUUCCCUCCUUAAAGAACGUAAACUCUCUGGAUUAAAAAGCCAUGAUUAUCAUGUUAUUAUGGAGCAUCUAUUGCCUCUUGCUAUACGUGGUUGGCCUAAAUCAUUGUCUUCUCCACUUAUUCAAUUGAGCACCUUUUUCAAAGAUUUAUGUUCAAAGGCUUUAAAGAUUGAUGAGUUAGAGAAACUCGAAAAACAAAUUGGGGUUACCCUAUGUGAGCUAGAAAGAAUUUUUCCUCCUUCCUUUUUUGUGAUCAUGCUACAUUUACCCAUUCACCUUGCAAGUGAAGCUUUGAUUGCGGGACCAGUUCAUUAUCGUUGGAUGUACCCCAUUGAAAGGUAUCUUGGAAAAUUAAAAGGGUAUGUACACAAUAAAGGUCACCCUGAAGGAUCGAUAGCAGAAGGGUAUCUCUUAGAGGAAUGCUUGACAUUUUGUUCAAGAUAUAUGGAGGAUAUAGAGACAAAAAUUUAACAAACAAGAUAGAAUUUAUGAUGAUCGUGAAAUUUUUCCAAUUGAUAUCCUACCUAUAUUUGAGACAAGAGGUAGAGCAUUCGGGAAGGAAUGUCCUCGUUUACUUACUACAAAGGAAUGAGAAGAAAUUCACUUUUAUGUUCUGAAUAAUUGUGACGAAGUUCUACCAUUUAUUGAUACACUCGCAAUGCUACAAGUAACAAGAGGAUGAUUUCUUCUCAUGAAAGAGAAUUUAUAAAGUGGUUUAGAGAUCAAGUGACAAUUUUAUCAAAGGAUAACCAUCCAAGUGCUACUACUAACUUAAGAGCAUUAGCACAAGGUCCAGAUCGUGCAGUGAUUUCUGUAAACGACUACAUGGUUAAUGGAUUUAUGUUUCGUGCAAAGGAUAGUGAAAGGGGAAGAGAAACUCAAAAUAGUGGGAUCGUUGUGAAUGGAGAAACUGGAUCAUCAACCCUUGAUUAUUACGGCCUCUUACAAGAAAUCAUAGAAGUUCAAUACCUUGGAGGAAAUCGCGUCACUUUGUUUAAGUGUGACUGGUGGGAUGUGCAUAGUCAUGGUCGAGGGAUCAAUAGCGAUUGUUUUGACUUCGUAAGCGUUAAUACAUCAAAGUUGUUAGCUAAUGAUCCUUACAUUUUAGCUACACAAGCUCACCAAGUGUUUUAUGUCAAUGAUGUUUUGAAGCCAAAUUAGAAGGUUAUAGUUAAGACCACACCAAGAAACUCCUAUGAUGUUCCGGAGCUCAAUGAUCAUGAUGAAACUAAUUAUAUAGAUACUAUAUAUCUAUGACCCUUUAUUAUUAUUAUCUUUUUCUUUUAAUAUAAUUGUAAAACUAUUGCCGUCUAAAUAUAGGUGAUGUUAUUUUUUUAAUAUAAUGAUUUGAGAGGAGUCCAUCAAUUAUUCCAAGUAAUUACAGAAUGGAAUGGACCAUAAGAGAUUGUCUCAAUAAAAUUAUUAUUGCCGUAAUAAGAGUUUUAUAUGAGUAGUAAUUUAUAGAACUUUCGCAGCUUUCUUAUUGUAUGUGCUAGUAGCUAUGGAGUAGUUGAUAGUCUUGCCUUAUUUUUCUACUCUUAAUAUUUAUUUAGAUACAUAUUAAAUUUAUUGUAGGAAUACCAAAAUUAUAUUGUAAAUACAUUGAAAAAAUAAAAUAUAGAGGCAGAUAUAGAUACAAGGGUAUAAUUUUGGGGACAUGGAUACCAUUAGAAGUAGUGCCUGACUUGGUGUGCCUCCUUUUUUCACUUGUAGAUGUUAGAUAGUUGACAAUUGAUUUGCAAAAAAAAAAAAAAAAAAAAAAAAAAAAAAAAAAAAAAAACUU